GGAGGAGGAGGAACCACGGUCCUUCUUUGGUGGAUCAUCCCUGGUGAUCCAAGGAUGGAGCUUUGGGGUGCUGUAUGUGGGAGAUUGAAAGAAACUCCACUUCUCAAAAGAGACGUCUGGCUGGGUUUUUCAACGGGCAUUUGUCGGAAAACCAAACUGGGCAGACGAGGCUGGAGAAGUGGCGUCUUCAAGAGAAGGAGCAGCCCAAACAUGGAAGCCGUUGCCUUGUAUAACUUCCAGGCGUCUGAGAAGGAUGAACUAGCCUUUAAGAAGGGAGACACGCUGAAGAUCCUGAACAUGGAAGACGACCAGAACUGGUACAAAGCAGAGCUGUUUGGCGUGGAAGGGUUUGUCCCCAAAAAUUACAUCAAGAUGAAACCUCACCCGUGGUACUCUGGCAAAGUCUCCAGGCAAGGCGCUGAAAAAGCCCUCCUAAGGCGACAGUUCCGGGGGGCUUUUCUCAUCCGGGAAAGCGAAAGUAGCCCGGGGGAUUUCUCCAUCUCCGUGAACUACGGAGAUCAAGUGCUGCACUUCAAAGUGCUCCGGGAGAAGAAGGGGAAGUACCAUCUCUGGGAGGAAAAGUUUAACUCCAUUAAUGAACUGGUGGACUUCUACCGAACCACCACCAUCGCUAAGAAAAGGCAGGUCUUCCUGAGAGAUCAUGGAGAAGCCGAGGAGCCCAAGAAGCCAACCUUUGUCCAAGCCCAGUUCGAUUUCUUGGCUGAAAACCCAUCCCAGCUGAGCUUCUGCAGAGGAGACAUCCUCAAGAUUCUGGACUGCUCUGACCCCCACUGGUGGAGAGGGAAGCUAGGGGUGAAAAUGGGCCUUUUUCCUCGGAACUAUGUUUUCCCCCUGCGCAUGUGACCUGCCUGGCUCAUC